GUGACGAAUUCGGGGAAUCCUUUCUCUUUGAAUGAUAUUUUGUAGCGACUGGCAACAACGUCUAUACUGGUUUGUGGGAAUUCCCCGUUUAUGACUAACAAUCAGCGAGAAUGACUUCUAUUACAUAUAUAUUAAGUUCAAUAUAGCUUAUUACACCUACGGGGAAGCCCCUUUAAAGUACGGGGAAUUACGUGCUUUGACAAAGUUUGACAAUUCAGAGAAAGUUUUAUUGAUGGAUCGUCAGUUGUCCAAUUCACAUUGUCUCGUAUUUUAACUAUGUUACGCUUUCUAAAUUGUGAUUUUUGUGCAAAUAAGUACGUGUAGUGGUGGUGAAAUUAUUGAACAACUUUUAACUGUCAUCAAAAAUGAAAAGAGUAAAAGAAAGUGGGGCAUCUUACCGUAAUAAGAGAAGAGCUAAGUUGGAAAAUAUUAGAGCAAAUGAAGGAGCUUUACUUAAAUAUGUGAAAAGUGUUAUUCCUGAGACGUCAGAUUCCUCGUUAGGUUUAAAUUCAUCACAGACAACUUCAAACUCAGAACAAGCUGAAAAAAUACAAGAACUUGACACUGUUCCUAAAGAUCAUAUUCCAACAACAUCUACUGCAUUAGUGUCUCCAUCUGUAUGUCCAGACAUGGACAUGCAUAGUUCAGAAACAGAGAUUGAUACAACAUCAGCAUUGUCUCUUAUUCAAUACCAAAAUUUCGACGAUAUUGGAACAUGGCCUGAACACAUAGACGACAAUAUCCGAUUGCAUCUCAUUCAGCAAGGACAGGAAAUUAUUCAGCAUAUUGAUACUAAUUUUGCUGAAAUGUCAACAGUAACACGCUCAGAUUCGUGCUCCUUAAAAUCAAAAGGAGAGACAAGACGGCUUACUAAGGAAUGGUUUUACCGUACAUUGACUAACGGCGAAAAAGUUUUACGUACUUGGAUGGCUUAUUCUCCAUCUAAAGCAUCAUUAUUUUGCUUUUGUUGUCGUUUAUUUGAGAACGUAAAUACACCGAAUGGAUCUAAAUUUUGCUCAUCUGAUGGAUUUAAUACUUGGUGGAAAUUAAAUCCUAAGGUUUCAAGUCACGAAUCAAGUGCACUACACAUCCAAAAUUAUUGUAAAUGGAAGGAGUUGGAGAGCAGACUUCAAAAAGGACAGACUAUUGACAAAAAAGAGCAAGACAUAGUGGCAAAAGAAAUAAAGAAAUGGCAGGAAAUUCUUAUCAGAAUGUUUGAUAUUAUAAGAUUCCUUGCCAAACAAAAUUUGGCUUUACGUGGACAUAUAGAAAACGACACCAGUACCAAUAGAGGUAACUUUUUAGAAUUGGUUAAUUUAAUUGCAAAAUACGAUCCUGUACUUCGUGAACAUCUUGUAAGGUCUAAAAUGUGUGGCAAAAUUUCAAUCACUUAUAUGUCACCACAAAUACAAAACGAAUUUAUUGCCAUUUUGGGAGAUAAUGUUCGCCAACAUAUCAUCGGACAAAUAAAAAAGGCUAAGUAUUAUGCAAUUAUAUUCGACAGCACUCCAGAUCUUUCUCAUAAAGAUCAAACAAGUCAGGUAUUAAGAUACGUAGUAAUUGAAAAUCAGGAGGUAAAAGUAAUGGAAUCUUUUAUAGAUUUUAUUGAAACUAAAGACAAAACUGCUGAAGGAAUUUCAAAGAUGAUUUUGGACAAGAUUCAAGCUGAUGGCCUAGAUAUAAGCAACUGUAGAGGCCAAGCAUAUGAUAAUGCUGCUGUUAUGGCUGGAAAGUAUUCAGGAGUUCAGCAAAGAAUUCAAGAAAUAAACCCUAAAGCUGAAUUCGUACCUUGCUCAAAUCAUUCUUUAAACCUAGUUUGUUUACACGCUGCCUCAGUUGAGGUGGAUUCAGUAACUUUUUUCGGCACUUUAGAACGUUGCUUUUCAUUUUUUUCCUCAUCGACACAUCGUUGGGAAGUUCUGAUAGCAGCUACAGGCAAAAGCUUAAAAAGGGUUCAAGACACGCGGUGGAGUGCAAGAGGCGAUGCCGUAAAUAUGACAUGGCAUCAUUACAAAGACAUUCUCGUCACUUUGGAAAAACUGACAGAGGCAGGUGAAAGCUUAAACACUAGGACAGAUGCAGGUGCUUUACUAGUGUCGAUGCAGUCAUUUUCCUUUCUUUGUUUUUUGGGCCUGUGGCAACCGGUGCUACAUGAAGUGAAUGAUGCACAAAAAUAUUUACAAACAAGAGGACUUGACAUAAGAUUGUGCGCUCAGAAAGUAAAUGCUUUGCAGAUGAUAUUGACAGAGAAAAGAGAGGAAUGGGCAAAUGGCGCUGUAGGUUAUGCAAAAGAUAUGUGUGAAGAACUUGGAAUUUCCAUAAAACCUCUGAGGCGCAUAACAAGAAAGCAUAUUUUUGAUGACGGAACUAGAGAUGUUAACUUGUCUUGUGAAAAUGAGUUGAGACGAAAGCUGUUUUCUUCGUUAGAUAGAGUUAUUGUAGAAAUUCGUGAGCGUUUUCAACAGCUACAGAAUUUAACGGAUAAGUUUGCUUAUCUAACGCCGGCUAUAUUAUUAGAUCCAGACAACACUGAAUGUAAUCUAGACUACGCAUCUGACGAAAUUGACGAGCAGGAUUUCAAGCUGGAACGACUUCGACUGCGGACUUUCGUUGCUGCUACAGGCAACGAAAAUAAAUUGAUUAAUGCAGACUCACUUGAAUUAUUUAAAUUUAUUAUUAAAUCCAAGCUGGAAGAUACUCUGCCCAAUAUUUUAAUAAUGUUCCGAAUAUUUUUUACAAUUGCCAUAAGCAAUGCCAGCUGUGAGAGAAGUUUUUCAAAAUUGAAAUUAAUUAAAAAUUAUUUAAGAUCAACAAUGAGUACUCUAAGACUAACUAAUUUGGCUAUUUUGUCUAUUGAACAAGAGGUGUGUGAUGCGAUAGACAUUGACGGUGCAAUAAAAGACUUUGCUCUUAAAAAAAGUAGACGUAUAAAUUUUUAAUUGAAGACGGAAGUUUUGUUUUUAAUUGUAACAAAUACUCAUAUUACUAUUCAAUAAAAAUAUAACAUUGUAGUAUCGUUCUAGUUCUAAUUAAAAAUUGAUUUUAUUUAAUCUUGUCGAUCAUCAAGGUGUAAUUAAUCUUAAGUGAUAGGUACCUAAGUUAUAUCAAUGUAUCUAAGUGGUUAAAGUAAAAGAUUUUUUGUUUAAUAAACGUGAUUGUAAAACUUAAAUAAACUUUUUUAUUUAAAAUCUAACCUGUAUAAUGCAAAAUAAUGAUGACUGCUCUCGCCGAAAAGUUCUCUAUAAUUAAUAUAUGUAAUGUAUAGUAUACAUUAAAUUAAAAUACCUAAAUAAGAGGGCGGCAAAAUGGUUUUCCGCCCCGGGCAGCCGACACUCACGCUACGCCA